GCCCCGAGCCGCCAUUGCCAGGCCUGUGUUACCGCGCUGCCACUGCUCUCGGUCCUUUCGCUGAGCAGAGGGGGGCGAUCGGCCUGAUAGGGCUGCCCCCAACUGAACUCGCAUCUCCCCACGGAUAGGCAACUCUCCGGCCGGCCCAACCCGCGUCGGUGGCCCCUGGGCCCCGAGGGGCAGCCUGAGCUCGGGGCCUCCCACAAGAGGGACCUGCGCCCAGGAGAACCCAAUCUCAGAGGCUCCCGUGGGCACGAUCAGCCUCGCACCUACGGGUUUCUGAGACCUCUUCCUGUGCCUACAGUGCUUCUUUCCGCGUUCCCGAGGAGCCUGGUCAGGUGGUUGGACGAACAAGUCGAGCGCACGGUCCCCAAACAGUACAUCUGCCGGCGGCCCCGACCCAGCGGGAGAAGUGGACAUGAGGUUGGCAGGCCCCCUCCGCAUCGUUGUCCUGGUUGCGACUGUUGGCCUCACCUGGAUCGUAGUCAGCAUCCUCCUGGGUGGGCCUGGCAGUGGCUUUCCUCGCAUCCAGCAGCUCUUCACCAGCCCAGAGAACUCAGUGACCGCAGAGCCGCGGGCCAGGAAGUAUAAGUGUGGCCUGCCCCAGCCAUGUCCUGAAGAGCACCUGGCCUUCCGCAUGGUCAGCGGGGCUGCCAACGUCAUCGGACCCAAGAUCUGCCUCGAAGACAAGAUGCUCAUGAGCAGUGUCAAGGACAAUGUGGGCCGCGGACUGAACAUUGCCCUGGUGAAUGGGGUCAGCGGUGAGCUCAUCGAGGCCCGGGCCUUCGACAUGUGGGCAGGAGAUGUCAACGAGCUACUGAAGUUUAUUCGGCCACUGCAUGAAGGCACUCUGGUGUUCGUGGCAUCCUAUGACGACCCAGCCACCAAGAUGAAUGAAGAGACUAGGAAGCUUUUCAGCGAUCUGGGCAGCAAGAACGUCAAGGACCUGGCCUUUCGGGACAGCUGGGUGUUUGUGGGGGCCAAGGGUGUGCAGAACAAGAGCCCCUUCGAACAGCACGUGAAGAACAGUAGGCACACCAAUAAGUACGAAGGCUGGCCUGAGGCGCUGGAGAUGGAAGGCUGCAUUCCUAGGAAAACCACGGCCAGCUAGCCAACUGGGCCCAACGACCAGGCUGAGGGAAGCUGCGUGUGCCCGGCCCAGGAGGAGGCGGCAGCAGAGCCAGCGCAGGGCUGAGUCCCAACCCCACACCUGGCCAGGAGUGUUCUCUCGCUUCAACACGUCAGGGCUCCAAGGCGGUGACCAGUGUGUGAUUGGUGGCGGGGACUGCAAUAGCCAGCCUCAUCGUGGUUUGUCAGGGGAGCCCAGGUACCCAUCUCCUUCCCUUCAUAAGGCUGCUUUCCCUAGUCAGCUCCCACCUAAUUCCCAAGUGCCCUCAGGCACAAGGCCCUGGGUGCUUGGCACCUCACGGCUGGUUGGGCAUCGACCAGAACCUCUGCCCCAGAGCCGCUCGCUGCUCGGCAGGCUAGUCCUGUUUCCAAUGCGAUUCCUUCUGGCGACUGUGGCAAGGGACCUGGCUGCCUCUUGCCCCAUUCUCUGCAGGAAGGGGCCGCCCUAGAGCCUGGCUGGCGGGAUGGUAAGGUAGUUAUUCUGGUCACGGUCCCUACUGCAAUGCAAGGCAGCUCCUGCAGUUUGUCAGAGGGCCUGCCUUCUAGAUGACCUCUUAAUAAAUUGGUGCCCCACAGUGGAACGAAGUGCAUUCAGCACAGAGUCGGAAGUGAUGUUGUCCUUAGGGGAAGGGACAUGUCCCGACCUACCCCUGCAGCCUUUGUCUCCAAGACUCCUGCCACAGACAGGUCCUGCUAUGACUGAGCUGCGACUCCCCGUAUCCCUGCCUGGGAAAGACAGUUCUGCCCUCCUGGGGCUGCGGGAAACCCACGGACUCCCUCCGACACAGCACAGACCUGUAGGGACUCAAAUGGGGAUUAGAAGCAGCCCAGGUGCCCCGCCACUACACCCGGCCUCCCUGAGAACUAGUGUGUCUCUCCAAUGCACUCAACUUUGGGUGCCUUUGAAAUCAGGGCUGCGAAGGGCAGAGUUGCAUGGCCUACUUGUCAUUUCUCACAGAUUUGUUGUAUUUCCCUUCAUUGAGUGAGAGCCAGCAAGAAACUCGGGAGUUUUGCUGAGAUGCCACAUCUGGGGGGGCACGGAAGUGGUCUGAGUCAGAAAAAGGAGAAGGCAUUUUGGACUCCCUAGAUGGGAGGAACUGGGGCACCAGCCAGUCAGCGUCAAGGGGGGCCACGGCAGAGACGAUGGACUGUCCUGGAGGUGGGCUCCCUGAGCCUCUGCCUUCUAGGAUUUCACUGUGGCCGGAGUGAGAGGCCCGGGGACAGCACAGGAAGAAGAGGCUUUGGUUGUGACACCAGGACUGGGAAGGGUCAGGGAAGUAGAGACUCAAGGAAGGCCCAGAUGCUUGCGCAGGAGACGGUGAUCAUGGACGCUGACACCCAGCCAGACCCUGCGGCAAGCACUUUUAUGUGUAUUCAUUUCUUAGUAGACUUUCUUUUGUAGAGAGCUUUAGGCUCACGGCAAAGUUGAGCAGAAAGUACAGAGUUCAUUUUCACGUACAUACCCACUGACACAUCAUCACCGAAGGCUCAAAGUUGACAUUAGGGUUCCCUCUUGUGUGGUAGUCUGGGUUUGACAAAUAUAUAUAAUGAUGUGUAUCUACCAUUAUAGUAUACAUGUAUUCAUUUUGUAAACCUUUUAUUAUAGAAAUUUUCAAAGGUCCCCCCAAAGCAUUGAGAAGAGAAUACAUGAACCCCAGUGUACCCACCGGGGCUACCACAGCGAUCAAAUGAAAGGGAACCUCACUGAAGGUCCGUACUGCAAGGCCGGGAGGUGUGUGGACCCCCUGUGCCUCUCAAACAACUGCUGUGACUGGCCGACCUUCCUCAAACAUUCACCAAAUGCCUUUCCCCGCACCAGGCACUGCACAUGCCAUGAAUGAGGGCUUACACCCCAGUGACAGCUAACUCAGUGGGCUAUGCCUUCACAGGGGGGUCACCAGUCACACAGAAAGAGCAGGCCCACUUGGCCUCACAGGCUAGAGGCUUGUGUGGAGUACGCCUGCCCGACUUUCCAAAGGAGAUCUCCAGCUUUACCCUGCGGUCUUCCUCAGCCCCACCCUUUAGGAGUUACAACUUCCUCAGUUACAAGUACCAAAAUCCCAACUC